ACAAAGAACGCGUGAGACACACAAACAGGAUACGUAUAGAUAGGUUAAGAAGGCCUGUCAUCUAUCUUCUCUUUCAUCACCGAUUCAUAAUUUAUUCACAAGAUACACAAAAUCCAUACGAAACGUCCAUAUUUCCGCUCUUCCACGAUUGCUUCUCGUCGGAAUCAGAUUCGCUGAAAUAUACACGAAAGACUUGAACUAGGGUUUUGACAGGGAGGGAAUUGGAACGAUUAUUUUGGUUUUGAAUAGUAAUUAUGGCAAAGAAGAGAAAAUCUCUUGCGACGAGUCUAGACGAAGUCGAUCGGACGAUGUACUCGACGUUUUGCAGUGCCGCUAACUCUCUUUCUCAGCUUUACUCUCAGGCCCUUAGCCACCAGAAGCUUUCUUUCCUAUCUGGCGAACGUCAUGGAUUGGAAAAGCUGUAUCAAUGGAUUUCCAAGCAACAUGGGGAAGGAUUGAGAGUGACCUCUGAUGACAUACUAGCCUAUAUCCAGGCUGAGCUGGAAUCAUAUGUGGAAGAGCCAUCAAUGACUCCAAGAACCUUACAAACACAACAACAACAACACACACAACCACAAGCAGCAGCUUCAAACCCAUUUACAAAUUCAAAUUCUGGGUCAUCUAGUGAGCAACAGUGCCAACAACAACAACAACAACCAAGAAGCUACAUAUUCUCAAAUGCUCUCUCAAGCCCUGUUCGUCGCAGCCUUCAAAACUACCACAUCUCUCAGGAAGGAUACGCCAAGAAUACCAACAACGAACAUCACAAUCCUUCUUCUUCAAUGGACAUGCAUCCAGACUCUUCUACUCAAUAAUACCAAUAAUAAUAAUAAUAAUAAUAAUAAUAAUAAUAUAUUUUCUCCUUUCUCCGUUCUCCAAAUUUCAAUUUCAAUUCAAGAAAAGAGACCAGAGAGAGGAGGGUGUUAUUGGCUUAUUGCACAAGCCCAAAUAGUGAACAAGCUUGGGGUUGGAUUUCAGUUGCUUCAUUAAGGUAAAACCGUAAAAGGUAAGGUAGGUCUACUAUUAUUAUCAUUACUAUUACUAUUACUGCUAUUAUUACUGUUAUGGGUAUGGUGGGAUUUCAAAGGAAUAUAUUUAUAGCAUUGUUAUGUUGCUAGUUGUGCACUGUGGAUCAUCUUUUCAUGUUUAUGUAAAAAAGUGAACCAUCAGAUUCAAAUGUUGCUUUCUUUUUGUAA